GCCAUCACCACCCUCGCGCAAUUUCCCUUUUUCGCGUCUUCCCUAUCGCGACUUAUCGGUGCCCCCAAAAAGUACGGGGUUUUGCUCUACACGGUUUUGCUCAAUUGGCAUUCGAACUCUUGGUGCUUGGAAUCCCAAUUUUGAUUGCUUGUCAAUUUCAAAGCCUCUGAGAGUGACGGUUUGCUAUAUUGCAGCAGUGCCUGCCCACAGGCAGGCUUUACUCGGGAAUUGAGAGACACUCAAAUUAUCCUGGUAGGAAGCCGUUCGACUUGAAAAAAAGCAAUCAUGUCUUUGCGGCCGGUCCAGAGACUAGCCAGCAUCAAAAAUCCUCCGCCGAGGCGUCCACAGCCUAAGUCGCAUUCUCGGACCUGUCCGAACCCGUCAUGUCCCGAUCCGCAGCUCGAAGACAUUGACGACAAACGCGUCUGCACGACUUGCGGUACUGUCGUCAGUGAUUCCAACAUUGUGUCCGAAGUCACUUUUGGAGAGACCUCUGCUGGUGCAGCGGUCGUCCAGGGUAGCUAUGUGGGUGCCGAUCAGAGUCAUGCAAGGAGCAUGGGUGGAGGGUUUCGUAGAGCUGGAGGGCUCGAUAGCAGAGAAAUUACAGAGGCAAACGGGAGAAGAGAAAUCUUUAAUAUAUCAUCUGCCUUGCUCGUCCCGCAAUCAACACAGGAUCAGGCUUUCCAAGUAUUCAAACUUGCUGCCGGCCAAAAUUUCAUCCAGGGUCGAAAUACAAGACAGGUAGCCGCCAUUUGCAUCUACGUUGCCUGCAGAAGGCAACGACCAAAUAAUUACAUGUUGAUGGAUUUCGCAGACGUUCUAAGUAUAAAUGUCUUUCGACUCGGUCAGAUAUACAAGGCGUUGCUCAAGGAUCUGGAAUACAAUCAAAUCGAUGUCCCGGCCGUGGAGCCCGAGGACCUGAUUUACCGAUUCGCACGUAAACUCGAAUUCGGGACCAUGACUAUGAAAGUAGCACAGGAUGCUGUUCGGAUCGUUCAACGAAUGAACCGCGACUGGAUGGUCACUGGUCGUCGGCCCGCCGGUAUUUGUGGCGCAUGCCUUAUUCUCGCUGCCCGUAUGAACAACUUUCGCCGAACAGUACGAGAAGUGGUCUACGUCGUAAAAGUCACAGACGUGACCAUCAACAAACGUCUAGACGAGUUCAAAAUGACAGGAAGCGGUAAUCUUACUGUUGAACAAUUCAAAACAAUCGAUCUCGAACGUGCACAUGAUCCUCCAUCCUUCUACGAGAACCGCGAUGGCAAGCAGAAGAAAGGCAAGCGGAAGCGACAUGAUGAUGAAGACGACCGCGGACGCGAGCAGACCACUGCCGGUGCCACCUCGCGGCGCGGGUCGACCGUCGCACCAAACAUUGAAAGGCCUGUCCGUCGAGACGCAGAUGGCUUCGCUAUUCCCGAAAUCCCUAUCGACCCCAACCUCCUCGCUGCCACUGCCGACGCCCUGUCUCAACUUGCCUCCGAUCAACAAUUACCAACCCCUGAAUCAUCGGCUCGAACAGAAAAAGAAAACAACGAGGAGAACGCAGAGGAAGAUGGUGACGGCGAAGGCGAAGAACCAGCGCGCAAAAAGCGCGGUCGCCCACGAGCCUCUUCGCCGCGUGCCAAACCACCUCCGCUCACCGCCGAGGACAUUGCGGCCGAAGAAGAAAUCGAGUCUGAAAUUUCUCACCUCCUCAACGAUCCCACAACGCAAGAGCAUGCCGCCGCGUACUCUGCGUCUCUGAACCGCGCCGCCACUCUCGUCGCCGCUCAAAAGAAGUCCUCUUCGUCCGAAACUGCCGUCUCUUCCAGCGAAGUCAUCCCCGAAGAGGAAUUCGCAGAUGAUCCCGAAGUCGCUAAUUGUCUCCUCUCCCCCGUCGAAAUCGCCAUCAAGGAGCGCAUCUGGGUCCACGAAAACCGAGACUAUCUCCGCCAACAACAGGCCAAAAUGCUCCGCCGCCAGCGCGAAGAAGCCGAAGGCGGCGGCAAGAAAGUUGUCCGCCGACGCAAACGCAAGGGCCGGAUGGGCGACAUGUCUCGUCGCGAGAGUAUCGCUAGUACCCCCGUCGAGGCCAUGAAGAAUAUGCUCAUGAAACGCGCCCCGAGUAAGAAGAUUAACUAUUCUGUCCUCGAGGGGUUAUAUGGCGAGAAGACCACUUCGAGUGGUGCCCCCAGUGAAGAUGGCGCCGAGAGUACUCGCGCAAGUCCCGCCACUGCCGCCGCUGCUACAUUGGUUGGAUCGAAACCUCCCUCCGCCACCCCGCCUUUUAAUGCCGUCUUCCCUCCCCCUCCGACGACGACUGCAGAAGAACCCGAGGACGAAGGCGAAGGUGAGGGCGAAGAUGAGGAUAUUGAAGAUGCAGUGGACGAGUUCAAUCAGGAAGCUAUUGGCGAUGCAUUGGAGGAUUAUGACGACGAGUAUGGCGGUGAAGAGUACUGAUUGGACCUUUUAUCCCGCCACUGCCAUUGGUCACAUAUUCAUCUUUUUUUUCUUUUCCCUUUUCUUGUUUCUUUCUUCAUUUCCGAUGAUCAUAGAACAAAAGGCGUUAUCGACACAUGGCGCGGAUAUUUGGUCCUUUGUUUGUCCUUUUAUCUUGUCUUUAUCCUGUUAUUUCUUCUUCUUUCUUUUUUUUUCCGGUUCCGUCGAACCUCAUCUCACGCGCCCCUCGGAGUUGAAAGGUCAAAAGGCUGAAUUUGGAGGCUAAAGGUUGGGAGUUCUUCCAAAAUAAUGGAAUGUCAGGCG